CCUUAAUUUUGAUCGUUACUUUUCUCUGCAAUGGCGUCAGCUUCGAGCUGGACGCCAAAGCAAAACAAGUUGUUUGAGAACGCUUUGGCUAUCUACGACAAGGACACACCCGACCGGUGGCACAAGCUGGCGAGGGCUGUCGGAGGGAAGACCGUGGAGGAAGUGAAGCUGCAUUACGAGAAUCUCGUCGAAGACAUCAAGCAGAUUGAGUCUGGACAUGUGCCUUUGCCCCCUUAUAAGAAAGCUGGAGGGAGCAAAGGCUACAAUUUCAUGGAUGAUGAGCAAAGGAUGAGGAAUCUAAAGCUUUAAUCAAGGGUAGCCUGUAAACAAAAACUUCAAUAAA